GAGAAAAUGAAACUAAGUUGUUGCUGAGCUGUUGAACUUCCCUCACUGUUCGUCUGUACAUGCAGUGAAAUGGCAAAAGCCAGUAUUUCAGUAACAGAGGAUCAGUUAAUCUGUCCAGUGUGUCUGGAUCUAUUGAAUUGUCCAGUGGCCAUUCCCUGUGGACACAGUUACUGUAUGAGCUGUAUUACAAACUACUGGAAUCAGAAGGAUCAGAAGAGAGACUACAGCUGUCCUCAAUGCAUACAGAGCUUCAGUUCAAGACCGUCUCUGAAUAAAAACACCAUACUGGCUGAAAUGGUGGAGAAAUUGAAGAAGACUGAAGUACAAGCUGAUGUUACUGCUCAGUGUUCUGCUGGAGAUGUGCCGUGUGACGUGAGUACCGAAAUCAACACAAAACACAAAAAUCAUGACACCGUAUCAGCUGCAGCAGAGAGAACUGAGAAACAGAGGAUUUUAGGUGAUACAAAGAGAAAACACCAUCAGAGAAUGGAGCAGAUAGAGAAGGAGCUUAAGGAUCUGAGAGAUGUUAUUGAGUCUUAUAAGCAAUCUGCACAGACAGCAGUGGAGGACAGUAAGAGGAUCUUUACUCAACUGAUCCGCUCCAUUGAGAAAAAACGCUCUGAGGUGAUACAGCUGAUCAGAGAUCAGGAAAAGACUGCAGUAAGUCGAGCUGAAGAACAACUGGAGCGACUGAUGCGGGAGAUUGAUGAUCUGAGGAGGAGAGACGCUGAGCUGGAGAAACUUUCACAAACAGAUGAUCACAUCCAUUUCCUACAGAGUUUUCAGUCUCUGUUUGUCUCUCUUGGAUAGGAUGAACCCAGCAUCACUUUUACCCCUCAACUCUCCUUUAAAGAUGUGAGAAAAUCUGUAUCUAUACUGAAAGAAGAACUUGAGGAUUUCUACAAAGAGAUUGACAA